UAUUUGGGCGUUUACUUAUGGACUGAUUUAAAGGGAGGAAAAUGGGUUGUUUUUCUGUGUCUGAAUUAAACUGUUCGCUUUUCUGUCUCAUGUAGACCCCACACUUGUGGUUAGAAAUGAAGACCAUCCGGAAGAAAUCUGCCCUUUUCCCUUUUAUCAGCAUCCCUUUUCUUUCUGUUUUAACUGUCCUUUACCUGGAGAUCUGGGUGAGAUUUACUUUCUCAAAGUUAACAACUGAAUGUUCAAUCGAGGAAAAUCUCAUUAUUACAAGAAAUUACCACACAAAAAUUCUGCUUAUUUGCCUAAAAAAUCUUCAGCUAAUUGAGCCCGAAUUACUUUCCCUCUUUGACUUUACAGGCCCAGCCCUUCGUGAGGAAGCAUUCAUAGGGUGCACCAGGGGCUGCGCUGGCUUCUGAGCCAGGUCUCUGGUCCCUCCCGGGUUUUCUUGAACUAGACUGGUGGCUAGAAGACUGGAAUAGCCUCAAGACCUCUUGUGGUUUGGGUUUGUUUUCCAGAUAGAAAGAUAAAAGAGGGGGACGAUCUGUCUCAUGAGGUGGGGUGGGCAUCUUUGAAGGAAGGUUGCUUCAAGAGAGGUAAGGGUUAAAUGGCUGAGGGCAAAAGACAACAACAACACACAUGAAACCUCUUAGGUGGACCAAAUAGCAAAGCCCCAGAGAGGCCUGAAGCCCCAGGAGCUCCUCACCGUGAGGAUUUUACAACGUGUGCCAGGUUUGUUUAUCCUGUAACCUCAGGAAGAAACGACCACCAAGAAUCACAGUGGGAAGUGAAGCAGGGGAAAGAGGCAAGCUAUUUCUCUGGAAUUGCUACUUCUCUCUUACAUUCCGUAAAUGGUACUUUCACUACCCGCCCCCCCCACCGCCUGCCCUUAACUGCUUCCUUCCCUCUUUUCCUCUACAGCUAGUCCUCAGUUCAGAAAUGUGAAAAUCAAAUCUAAUUCAGCACUUCCCAGCCCAAACUUCAUUCCCAACGCUCCAGUCUGGACCCUGUUGCCCGCCGCCAGAGUUCCAGAUGCCGCCACAGACCGCGCCCCCCGCAGGCACGGAGCAAUGUCUUGCCCCUUUAGCAUUUCAAAAGGCUUCUUCCUGGGGAUAAUAGUUACUCAAUUUUCUGAGUGUAUGGAUAAUUCCACUUUCUCCUAAAAUUCAGAAAGCUUCAUAGAGGAAGCUGAUCUUGACAUAUAAUCCCUCUCAAAAGUGUGAGAGAAUAGGUGGGAGGGUUAGUGGACGCAAACUGCUGAACCUCUGUGCGCCACAACUGGAUUGAAUCUUCGCCGCUACGGUGUAAACGUGGAACUAUCACUGCUCCUCUCUUUUUCCCGUUUCCUCAUUUAUAAAAUAAUGGGGAUGACUAUAAUAGUGCCUAACUCCUGGGGUUCUGAAGAGUCACUGAGAUAACGUUCUUAACCAAAAUAGGACACAAAAUAAACACUAAAUGUCAGCUGUUUUUAUUUUUCGUUAGUAAAUCUAAAUUGACCAUCAAGAGGCUUUUCCUCCACCAAAAGCCACAGUUCCUUCAGAUUUAGUUUUCUAGCUUUUUUGCAGGCUCUGGCUGAGAAAGUAUUAAUAACAAUGAGACCAGCAGUAAAAUGAAUGAGCCAUUACUAACACUUUACCUGUUUACUCACAUAACCCUACGAAAACCUGUAAAGGGGUCCUUUUGUUAUCUCUUAUGAGAAAAGGAUACUUUGGAACAGAAAGGAGUUCUUGCAUUUUUAAGUAUAGAGCCAGGAUUUGGAGCCAGUCAACAUCAGUGGCUUCAAGCUUGCUCUCAGAAUUGCUUAUGCAUCCUGAAAGAGAAGCCCUUGAGGAAUGAGAAGGAGCCUUUAAGGGCUGUAGAAUAACUUGGCUGUAUUUGACAAUUGUUUUCCAAAAGCUCUUUCUCAAGAGUGAUUAGCUAGUAAACUCCAAAUUAGAGGAGUCAUUUAAUUAAAGGAUACGUGGUCAAGCAUUGCAAAUGAUCUAAUCAGGACACAUGUGACUGAAGAUGGCUUGAUGGCGUGUAUAUCCAUUAAUCAUGCUUAUUAUGUAUCUAUGAUUUUUUUUUCCUGAGAAUCGAUAACGAUUUCCUAAAAAUGUAUAUGUACACGUACGCCCCUAUAUUUUGGAAAAUCAGAUUCAUGCCACAACUGAAAUCAGAUGUCAUAAGUGACCAGGUGAACUCAUUUACUUUAUAACUGCGCAUAUAGUUAUAAUAAGAUUUGUGUUAUAGUCUGCUCAUCAGCGGAAAGCUUUUAUCAAUUCAUGGACUUUAAUUGCUGAUAGAUUUUAUUCAGUCUUUGCAAAUCAAAUCCUCUCUAUCUCGCUUGGCUGGGUAACUUGAGAAACUGUUUGGAAUAAGUUUGCCUAUAGAAGUCUCUUCAUUAAAUAGAGCAAAUAUUUCCCAAAGACUUCAUGUGACCUCCACUGUUACAGCUGACAUGUUAGGCUUUCCAAUGAAAUCCUUGGUGUGUUUGCAAUUUAAAUGUUUUUAUUUGAUAUUAAUGAUGAUAAGCUUGACUAAGGCUAAAGCCAAAACAAACAGGGCUGUGGAAGCAGAAAAUCAAGAUGUUAAUAACUUGGUAAAGAUAAGCAAUUUGAGAUUAAAACUGAGCCUCUUUCCAGAGGCAGGCAUGAAGUUACCAAGUAUAAAAUAACGAGUGACUUUCUCUUUUAUGUUACUAUAGAAAUAAUUUGUAGAAUGUCAAAUGUCAGCUUUCUGAAACUAACAUUAAUCAUCACACCUGGAUCAUUGAGUUUCAAGCCUGAACGUAGUGGAAAUCCACUUAUGUCUAACGGACUCAUUUUUUUAAAAUUUUUAGACUCUUUCAUAUGUUUUUAGGGUGGAGGUGUGGUGCUAAAAUUCAGUGUUCCCAAGUCCUCUUGAAACUGGCAGAGAAGUCUUGGGCUGCUAAAGUGACCUCUAUCCUUAUUAAGACAUUUCUUAACUCAAAGUUAGAAUUUACCCAUCUGCGCUUUUCUCUUAGUGAUAUUUUAUACCUUUUAUUCAUCUCAAAACCUUCCUCCUACAACACCUUAUCUGGAAAAAAUAUUUUUAAAAAAUUUUAGUUUAAACUUUGAAUAUCCCAUUUCCUACUCUAAUGCAUUAGUAAAUUAGCAAUAACAUGGCAUUUCCUCAAAGAGCUAAGCCAUCAAGACAUUUUUCCAACAGACUCCUCCAGUCACUCCCUUAAAGUCAGAAGAAGUGUUACAAAAGAUGACCCUCCUUCCUAGAGGUUUCAUUCUGAAAAAGCAAUUUUUUGCAAGCCUAGUUCAGAGUCAUCCUGUGGGACGGAAUGCCUGUGCCAUGUGCUGGAACAAAGAUAAUGCUGCAAGGACUGGCUACUUUCUCUACUCUCAAGCCUGCUAAAAGUCCUUACUUAGGCCUUUGAUCUCUCCUGGGAGUCUUCGAAUUCAAGCAGAGGCCAAUGUCUUCCUCAGCUGUCUUCUCCACAAAUUCUUCCAGCAGCUUUGGCAGUUCCACUCACCCGCGGCACUCUGGUAAAUGUGCUUGAGAUCACCUUACCAAAGACAGCCCUAACCUCUGAGAACCACCGUUCCUGACAGAGCCUCCUGAGUGACAGCGUCUUUCCCAGCCCCGGAGCCGAGGGAAAGCUGUCGGGGACCGGCGUUGGCGAGUUUCUGCUCCGGAGCGUUAAGGACGCGCAGUGAGAACGAAUUGAUUCAAGGAAAAAACAAACGAAAUUCACCUCUAGGAGCACAAGCUCUCCAAGGGGAUGCCUAGUUUCCAAUUCUGUGUGACCGGGGGCAAAUGACUUACUCCUUGAGCUUGGUUACCUUCUGUUAAUAAUGGGUCCAGCUACAGUUGCCACAAAAUUGUUCUAAGUCAUAAACGAGUGAAUACAUGGAAAGGGUUGGGAACAGUGCUUGGCAAAUAGAAAAUUCUUAAUAAUUGUUUGCUCCACACAUCCCACGCUGAGCAGUUAGGGUACAAAGCACAUUAGGUGCCUGGUGGAAAAAAAAUCAGCUGAAAGGCAAGAUAACUUCUAUCUUCCACUUAAAGUUGAUUUGUGCCCAAAUCUUAAAUCUGCACACAACUCAGUUUUAGCUUCGACCAGUGUGUGAACUUCUGGACUCUCUAGGCAAAGAAAGUGGUACUAUGGCUGCUGACCAGAACCUGUGGGACUUGGCUGAGAAUUCCCAGAUGAGAAUAUCUACCCCCGACUGUGUUUGAGAGGUAGCAAUAUGCAUGGUUUGGAAUGUUUCCACCCACCUGGGUGAGUCCUUUAGGAACUUAAUUCUUUUAUCUGGUGUAGCCCUGGGUACCUAUUCAUGUCAAAGGCAUCCACUUGUUAAUAGUCCUAAAUACGGUACAGAUGAAUUUCCCACAGGCCUACUAAGCAGCCCGUUGGUAUGAAAGGGCCUGCUUUUUGAGGGUGGAUGGUGAUGGUGGUGGUGGUAGUGUCUUUGUCUUAGAGAUGACAACUCGGAAGAGAGGACUGCGGCGGGGGCGUCUGUAGCAAACCUUGGUGACUGACACUCUCCCACCUCUGGUUUCUGGGACCUUCACUUUGGAGUACAGAUUUCACCUGAAAAAGUUAAUACUUCUCUGGCUCCUGCAGACAGGGAUCUGCCUGCCAGGGUUGCUUUCGGAAAAUAAUUUCCGGAAAAAGUAAUAGAAAAGAAAGCUCCCCCAGCCCCCAAUACGUUCGGAGUCACAACAGUUACUGGACUGUACGACCCAAGAUCAAGGUGAGAACUCUCCUCUUUGAAUGAGGCUACAAGGCCUGAUCCCAAACCUCAGAAUACUUUACUUGUUUAGACCUGAAGUAAGAGCUUCUCCCGUAUAUAAACAGCAAGCCCCCCCACCCCGCCACCCCGCAAGUGAUUUGGUAGUGGGUUAAGUAAGGGUGGAGGAGGAUUGACAAAAGCUGAUUAAUAGGUUCAUUGUCACUUAAAUGGCAGCCCUCCCCUCUCGCCUCCUAGCCACCAAAGUUUCAAAGACCCUGCUGUGAUUGCUUUUCUGGAAGGCUUUUGUCGCCAAAGUGUGUGAAGUUUCUCGGAUCGGAGGAGUUGGAAAUUUUACACGAGCCAAGAAGGAUUGCUGUGCCGGCAGCUGGGACGCAUCUGUAACGGUGUUAGUUUGCCUGAAAGCAGAAAAUUAGCGACCCCAAAGCCCUGCUUGGCUGUUUAGUCUGUAGAAACGACAGGGCGGAGCAGAAAGAGAGGGAGAAGGGAGACGCACCCCUGGAAAGAAGUUCGCCGUCUAAAACUGGGUUUCUUAGAAUACAAAUCUUAAGAGGCGCAGUCAGUGUGUAUCUUCCGCCGGCUCAGGGCCCAUCAAAGGUCUGGCGCAAAAGAGGAGGCGCUCAGCAAACAUGCGCAUAAGCGGGAAAGAGAGGAAGGGAGGUGUGUUCCUGGCCACCUGGCCCUCCUGUGCCCACGCCUUUUGGAUGAGCGUAGAGAGAGAACUCAGAGCGGGCUCUGCCUUGGGGAAAAGGAACCUCCCCCUCCCCUCUUACCCCCAAUAACACAGAGACUACAAAAUGGCAAUAUGAUGAGAAACAAAACAGAUUUAAAAAAAAAAAAUCUAGAUCCACUCCGUUAUUGAAAGUGCCACUUCAAGUUUUUAGCAACCGUUAUUUGGCCUAUUGGCUGAAAAAAUGCCUGACACAACUAAAGUUCAUGAAAAAGAGAAACACCUGAAAAUAAAGUGAUCCCUCAUGUCCCGGACUGGUAAGGCAGGUCCGCUUUUGGUGUCAGCUGAAGUAGGGAGUUCUAUUUACUAAUUAUCUUUUUUUUUUUUUAAUGUGAGAGCAGUCCUACAAAGUUGGAUUUCCUUCGUUCCUUUUGUCUGUGACACCCUUUAAAUGUCCCUUGGUUUAGGUAAUCUAGAGCGUGCAAGUAAGUGGGUUGGGGAGCCAUCCAUCACCCCCGCCCCAGCAGAAAUGCAGUAAAACCAUUAGCGUCAAAAGGGGCAGUAAACAGCAAGUUGUCUCUAGAGGAAAGGCGGAGGUUUGCCCAGACAGCCCCGGCGGGGGUUGCGGUGGGAUAUGCUAAUAGUGCGGGGCCACUGGGGCCGGCCUCCCUUCCCCAAGAAUAUAUAAAGAGCCUCAACCCCAGCGCGGCCGACCCAGGCCGCCAGGCGUCUGCCCUUGUUAAUUACCGGAGAAACCAACCAGGGAGCUCCGCCCGGGACUCGCCUGCCCGCAGCGUCGCCGGGCUCCGGUUUCUCCGCUAUCUCGCUGCUGCCCAGGUGCACCCCCUGCCUCUCCGCAGAAGAUGGACAUGAUGGAUGGCUGCCAGUUCUCGCCUUCUGAGUACUUCUACGAUGGCUCCUGCAUCCCGUCCCCCGAGGGCGAGUUCGGGGACGAAUUUGGGCCGCGAGUGGCUGCUUUCGGGGGGCACAAAGCAGACCUGCAGGGCUCAGACGAGGACGAGCACGUGCGAGCACCUACGGGCCACCACCAGGCCGGCCACUGCCUCAUGUGGGCCUGCAAAGCAUGCAAGAGGAAGUCCACCACCAUGGAUCGGAGGAAGGCGGCCACCAUGCGUGAGCGGAGACGCCUGAAGAAGGUCAACCAGGCUUUCGAGACGCUCAAGCGGUGCACCACGACCAACCCCAACCAGAGGCUGCCCAAGGUGGAGAUCCUCAGGAAUGCCAUCCGCUACAUUGAGAGCCUGCAGGAGCUGCUGAGGGAACAGGUGGAAAACUACUACAGCCUGCCGGGGCAGAGCUGCUCUGAGCCCACCAGCCCCACCUCCAGCUGCUCUGACGGCACGCCCGAAUGUAACAGCCCUGUCUGGUCCAGAAAAAGCAGCAGUUUUGACAGCGUCUACUGUCCUGAUGUACCAAAUGUAUAUACCACGGAUAAAAGCUCCUUAUCCAGCUUGGACUGCUUAUCCAGCAUAGUGGAUCGGAUCACCAACUCAGAGCAACCUGGACUGCCUCUCCAGGACCCAGCCUCUCUCUCCCCAGUUGCCAGCACCGAUUCUCAGCCUGCAACUCAAGGGGCCUCUAAUUCCAGGCUCAUCUAUCAUGUGCUAUGAACUAAAAAUCUAGUCUAGAUCAUUUCUGCCAGGAGGGCCUAUUACACAGGAGGAAAGAGGCCCAAAAAGUCCAAAAGCAAGACAACCUGUAAAUAAACAUUUCCUUUCGGUUGUAAAUUUGUAAAUAUUAUCUUGCCACUUUAUAAGAAAGUGUAUUUAACUAAAAAGUCACUAUUGCAAUUAAUACUUCCUUUUCUUCUUUUCCUUUGUCUUGCUUUAGAUAUAUAGUUCCAGAGAUACUAUUUCUUAUAGGGGGCAGCUCAUCAAAGGUAGCUUGUUGCAAUGCUUAACUUAUAUUUUUUUAUAAAUAUUGCUUAUCAAAAUAUUACAUCUGAUGUUUAGAGCUUUAUUUUUUUUCUUUCAAAAACUUUAGAAUAGCUGUAAAUCAGUUAUAGGGAGUUAUAUAUAUUUAACUUUUUUGCUUGUCUCUUUAAUCCUUUGAUUAUAUUGUGUUAAAUAAAAAUAUAACAAUACUGCCUAAUGGUAUAUAUUUUGAUCUUUUCUUAUAAGAAAUGCAUCUUUUUAAUGUAAGCACAAAAUAGUAUUUUGUGGAUGAUUUCAAGAUAUCAGAGAUUUUGGAAAUUCCACCACAAAUAAAAUUGCUUAAAUGA